AUGUCUGCAGCUGCAAACCAGGCUACAUCGCAACAUCUAUGCCAUCCAGGUGAAGACUGCAGCAAGGUUCCCACAUGCGGAAACGUUGCUAACUGCACAGACCACGGAAUUUGUGUGGACUACGACACCUGUUUGUGUGAUGAGCAGUGGGCAGGUGACAAGUGUGACCAGUUUUCGUGUGCAGCAUUGGAUCACUGCUCUGGGCACGGUCGCUGUGUGGACAUAGACGUCUGCUACUGUGAGCAGGGCUGGACGGGUAGCUCCUGUGUCACACCUGACUGUCCUGCUGUCAACCAGUGUUCCCGCCAGGGAGACUGCAUCGGUCCGAAUGUUUGCCAGUGUAUCAGUGGGUAUCAAGGUCUGAACUGUAGCCAAGCUCAAAGCUGUCCUGAGUUGCAAGAAUGCAAUGAAAACGGCGCUUGCGUCACCAGUUCUGAAGGGCAAAAGGAAUGUCGCUGCUUCCCAGGGUUCAGCGGUGCCAGUUGUGAUCACCCAGACUGCACUGAACAGAAUAACUGCACCAACCACGGCAGCUGCAUAGAGCCCAACUUGUGUCAAUGUGACAGUGGGUAUACUGGAAAUGACUGUGCUAACUUCUCUUGUGAAGCAUUGAGCUAUUGUUCCGGCCAUGGACGCUGUGUGAGUUUCGACACAUGCAGCUGUGAUCCUGGCUGGUCAGGUGGUUCCUGUAGCAUUGCAAACUGCAGCAGCAAGAGUGACUGCUCCAGCCAAGGCACUUGUGUUGCCCCAAACACAUGCGAAUGUUUCCCUGGGUUCCAAGGGGAGGACUGCAGUGAAGAGAACUUGCCAAAUGAGAACCCACCUAUAUUCCAGCAGGACAGAUACGAUGCCACAAUACCCGAAAACCAGCCGGUCGGUACGACAAUAAUAACGGUGUGUGCAAAUGAUACUGACAGUGGACGUAACGGUGAGGUCAGGUACAGGCUUGUCCAAACAGGUUUGGAUGAUGAAAACUUUGCAGUGCAUCCUACUUCGGGGGUCAUAACUUCGGUCGUUGAGUUUGACUUUGAAUCGUUGGAACACACUUCGUUCAGUAUCAUCGUCGAAGCAUUUGACCAGGGGGUACCGACACUUACGGGAACAGCAACGAUAACGAUAAACAUAACGGACCAAAAUGACAACAAACCUGUCAUCAACAUUCCUCCUGACACCGAGUAUAACCUUCAAACCAUCUCCCCCAUCGGCUUUCACGUAACUAUUGUCCAAGCUACUGAUGCUGACAGGUCCCACGAUAACUCCAAAAUCACUUAUGGAAUCCCAAGUGUCAGCCCCUUUGUUUCCAUAGAUGCCACAAAUGGUAGUGUAACCGUUACCAGCGCUUUGCAAAGUGGUACCUACUUGGUGAGGGUCAGUGCAUCAGAUCAUGGUUCACCACCAAAAACAGACGAAAGAAGUUUCCGAAUGAUUGUGACAAAUGUAAGUACCAACACAGCUCCACAGUGUCCAGACGAUCAAAGGUAUGAGAUUGCUUCUCAUAAUCUUACAAUAGGAUCAACAAUCGCAACCAUAGAAGCAGACGAUCACGACAAUGGUCCAAACGGUAACGUUUCCUACAGUUUUAAGACAAAGGCAGGCGAGCUGGCAAACCUCUUCAGCAUUGACCCGUCAACUGGUCGGAUCUACGUUGAGACUGAAGUACCACAGUUCAACGACACUUUCUCAGUUGUUUCAAUGACAGUUGAAGUCAGAGAUAACGCUGUAGAUUCCAUGUCCUGUGAAACAAAUGUCGUUGUAGUAAUAAUGGCCCCUGAGUUCAGUGGGACCGUGCCAGAUAAUGUAUUCCCGACAACAACGCCGCUAGCUAAGACAUCUGAGCCACAAACCACACCUUUUGAUGAAUCUACCGCCGGGUCGACAACGCAGCCAGACAUUACAACAGAGGAAACUGAGAGCUCUACAGUUCUUCCUACAUCAGAAAGAGCGAGCACAACCAAAGAGUAUGAAGGCAUUACAUCUCCAACAACUACAGAAGACCUUCCUGUGGUAGUGGAAGCCCGUUUCAGAGGUGUCAUGAAGAUCGUGAAUCGUGGUUGGAAUGAUGAACUGUGGGAUCAAGAAUCGAAUGAGUUCAAGAUUUUGGCUGCAGAAGUCCAGCAGGAGCUGAAUAAUCUGUUCAAUAACAGCAACCUUGGGGAUACAUUCGACUCUGCUGAAGUCACCGGAUUCUCGUAA